AUGUCUGAAAUCAGUGUUCAUAGUGAGGUUAAAGAAUUGUCCACAGACGCAGAGGCUUCUGCUGCUGCUCAGCAAAAACUUUUUGAAGAGAGUAAUGCAGGUGAUGGUACUCACCGUGAAGACCAUUACUUACAUGGUGUCCAACUCUGGCUGGGCAUUCUGGGAUUGUUCCUCUGUAUGUUUUUGGUGGCUCUCGAUCAGACCAUCGUUGCAACCAUUUUGCAAGUGGUAGGAAACAAAUUCAAUGCCGAGGGCAAAGUUGCAUGGAUCGCUACAGCCUUUUCGUUUGCGAUGGCCGUAUUCAUACAAAUUUGGGGAAAUAUCUCGAUUGCAGUUGGUAGAAAGAAUUGUCUGUUCCUAGGGAUUGCAUUUUUUGAGCUCGGUUCUCUCUUGUGUGCUGUUUCAAAUUCCAUGAACAUGUUAAUUGGAGGAAGGAUAAUAGCGGGUUUUGGUGGUGGUGGUAUUCAGUCCUUAGUGAUGGUGAUCAUCACCGAGAUUGUUCCCAUUGAGAAAAGACCUAUUGCUAUGUCUGGAUUUGGAGUCACUUUCGCGCUAGCUUCGGUUUUGGGUCCGCUAGUGGGAGGAGCCUUUACCACGAAUGUUUCCUGGAGAUGGUGUUUUUACAUCAAUUUGCCUAUUGGUGCUGUUGCUGCCACGGUAGUUUUCUUUGUGUUUCACCCUCCUAAACCAAAAGGCAAUAUGCUUCCAAAACUGAAAGUUAUUGAUUGGUUUGGAUUGUUUCUCAUGAUUUCUGGACUCACAUUGCUUUUGCUUGCAAUAACAUUUGGAGGAAACGAAUUUCCAUGGAAGUCAGCUGCUGUGAUUUUGUGUUUCGUUCUUGGAGGAUUGCUCAUUGGUGCUUUUUGUUUAUGGAACUUUAGAUUCUCCAAACACCCUCUUAUUCCUGCAGAGAUUGUCAAGGUUGGUACCAUUGAUAUUGCCUGUGUGGGAAUGUUCUUUGUGUUUGGCUACUUCAUGUCGGUCAUUCUCUACCUCGCUUUGUAUUUCCAGGUUGUCAAGGGAUACAACGCUUUGAAUUCCGGUGUUUCUCUUCUUCCCACAAUUUUGCCCGUUGUGAUCUGUUCUAUAGCGACAGGUAUCUCGACCACGAAAGUCAGAUACAUUAAACCAUUCACGGUUUUUGGUGGGAUUCUUGGGCCUUUGGGUAGUGGAUUGGUAUGCCUUUUGAGCAUUCACUCGGGAAUAUCUCAGCGUAUUGGUUGUCAAAUAGUGCUAGGUGUGGCAACAGGCGUUAUGAUGCAACCUUUCAUACUGCAUGUCCAAUUGGCUGCGCCCAAGACCCCGGGAUCCUCCAUUAUUGCCACUACCAUGUUCAACUUUUCCAGGAAUCUCGGUUCGGCUAUCUGUACGGAUUUGGCGCAGCUUGUUUACACAUCCACCCUUUCUGCUAAGAUGGCAGCUCUCAAGGGGACCCCCGCGUACUACAGUGCAGGUCUGGACAAGUACGAUCUCCAUGAUUUUAUCAACGACACCACGCAGAUAAAGAAGCUGUCAGAGCCAGCUAAGGACAUUGUACUGAACGUAUUCAUGAUUGCUUUCAAGAAUAUAUUCUAUAUGUGCAUUGGCUUUGCGUCGAUUGCUCUUGUCUGCACGCUCCUCAUGCCCAAUGACGUACUCCCCAAAAGAAGCCAGGGAGUAGAGGAGGAAAAGUCAAAUGAGACCGAAGAGAGAAAGCAUGAAGACUACCCAAUUGAAGAGGCGCCAAAGGCUGAGACUGAGGCCGAGGCCAAGUCUACCACUUAA